AUGCAAGCAACCUCUCCAUGUUCAAACCCUCUUUCAGCCAAUUUUUUCAGGCGUAGUGCACCGCACAAUUUGUUCUCUAGUCCCACCACCACUCGUAGGAGUCUAACCUAUGCAUCCAAAAGAGACUCGUUUGGGCACCAUUAUGAUGGGAAGAUGGUGGAUGAGAGCAUGAUCCUUCUUAGAAUGCGAAUUCGUGAGAUUGAGAUGGUGGAAAUGAAGGGUAAAGUUCCUUCGGAUUGGAGUGAAUGGGAGAAGAAGUAUUUUGAAAACUACGGUUUGGAUGUAUGUGAAGCAGUUGGAUUGUUGCAAAGAGUGUUGAUCAACACUAGACCUUCUUUCGCACUUGCCAUGUUAGCUUUGGUUAUGCUAACCACGUCCAUCUCAAUGUUGCAACUUGUCUUUCAUUUGGUAGGAUUUGCCAAGGGAAUCAUGUGA